GUCCCUUCUGUGGCUCUUCAUCAUUUCAUUUCCUUUUACUACCAAUGUGAGAGUCUUACUGAGAUCGACUCCUGCCCAAGGGUACUUCUACCAAAGCUGCCUUGUCUCUGCGUCAAAGCGUCUUUCUGCAGCACCAUUGUGGUCAAGAAUUAGAAGAAAUCUAUGACGAUGAACUGAAGAGCUUAACUAGCAAAUUUAAGAUUUAAAAUGCCACCAAUACGUAAAUCAGAGCUGGAUAAGCACGAGAGUCAAUCGCGUCCAUAUCUGAGUAAAUCUGCGGGAGGAUCAAGCUUCAGAACAUCAUUUGAUGAAAGUAGCAGAAUCAACUUGAGUAGCAGUUGUUUUAGUGCAAUCAGAACAGAAAAGGGAGACCCUGAUGAUGACUUAACAAGCCUUAACUGGCUGCAAAACAAUGACAUUUUGAAAGGCUUUGAAGUCUCAGCGACCGUGCCGCCUAUGUCCCCACCCAGGGACAGUAAUGGUGACAUUCUUGAAACCCCUCCCAGAGGGGGUCAGGCAAAAGGACCUCUCUCUCCAGACACUUUGGCCAAUAAACGGAAGAGUCCGUCAAAGCCUCCAUAUUCAUUUUCUUCACUUAUUUUCAUGGCCAUCGAGGAAGCACCUUCAAAAAAGUUGCCUGUAAAGGAUAUUUAUAACUGGAUUAUGGAUCAUUUUCCAUACUUUCGGGACGCCAGACUUGGUUGGAAAAACUCGGUGCGGCACAACCUUUCACUAAACAAGUGUUUUAAGAAGGUUGAUAAGGAUAAAGGCCAAUUUUAUCCACAGAAUGUUGGCAAAGGUUCACUGUGGACUGUUGAUCCUGAGUAUCGGCCAAACCUUCUUCAAGCUUUGAGGAAAACACCUGCUUUUCACCCGUAUCAUCAUCUUCUCACCACGCCUCCACCUUCACCGCAGAAUGGGUCAGGAAGUUCGCUUGGAAAAAAUAGUGGUAAAAUUGAAGUUGACCCAGAUGCUGAAGCAGAAGCAGUGGCAACAAUUUGCAUGAUAAGCACACCUCCUGAAAUACGUGUCGCAGAGAUGGUACGAUGCCAAUCAUGUCCCCCUUCAGAGACGGACAGAGAGGAGUUGCUUGUUAAACAAGCCAAAGAAUUCCUCUUCAGACACAGAGGUUCAUUUUCUGGGUCGGUUUCUAUGGCAAAGGAUAGGAACUCAUCCUUGCUCAUAGAUACCCACAGAAGAAAUAGUGUCAAAGCUGGUCUGUCUGCAUCUCUCAGUAAGAUUGAUUCUGUGAAGCUGAGGAACGACAUUUCACCGGAUUCAUCCCUGGAUGGUGAGUUUGAAUUUGAUCACCAUGAUGAUUCGGAUGAUGAUGAUGACAGCGAAAUUGAGGAGACCAUGGAGAAGGUUGUCAAGGAUGAAUUGAAUGACAGGCUGAGUGACAGUGGUUAUGGCCAAGGACUGGAAGAUGAGAUAGAAGGCAAGAGGGCGGCUAGCAAGGAUAGGCCUGCAUCACGGAAUAAACGGGGCCGCAGAGACAGCACUAUGGAAAAACUGAAUGAUAUUGCUGGUGCAGAUGCACUGCUGGAACUGGCCAACUCGGCUUUUGUGCCAUCACCUCGUGUCACGUCAGCCACACCCAGUCCUGUUCCAGAAGGUUCCCCUACAGCUGUCAGCUAGUACUUGUACAGUGAGAGAAUAUUACAAUCAAUUUACUGGUCAAAUUACUGGCAUUUUGGUUUUCUGCUUUGGUGAACUCUAUCAGAGAUAUAACGGUGUACACUUCAGCUGUACAUUCGCCAUAGACUGUAUGUUGCGGAACAACUCUGGACUGGUGAGAUAAAACCGAUUUCUCGUCAGUGCCACGAGUCAGUUGAUCACAAAUCAGAGAGUUGUUAUGAAUUUUUAUUUGCCUGAGUAGCAAAUGGGGCAGCAUGGUUAAUAUACCAGAAAUAAUGCAAAUGGAAGGGUUUGCUUGAUUUGCUAGCGGUGCAGUACUUGGCCAAAACUUAACAACUCAUUAAUGUGAAAGUUGUUCCUUCCAAAAGGUCUCUAAAUCAAAUUUUAUAAUUGCUUGGUAGUUUUCCAUUGAAUGGUUACAGGCAAGGGUUUUAUUGAGAGAACUUAAAGGUUAAAAUCAUCUUUUGCAGCAUGUUGAAUAGUGCAAAGGUAACUUUAAUAUUCAAAAAGGUCAAUCUAGAUUGUAACACAUUAGCGGAUGGAAGAAGUUUUGUGGACACGGAGUCUUUCAGGAUUUGUAGGAUGGAAACAUUGAUUUGGGGCUGAGUAAAAAAAUUUUCAUCACAAUGAAAACUUGGAUACAAAAUUUGUCAAGGGUUUAUUGAUUUUUUUAUAUUUUAUCUAAAAAUAACAUGCUCAUGGCAAUGAUAUUUGAAAUUAGAGGCUGUUGCAGCUGUAAGUUUACAUGGAAAAAAUUUGAUAUGUCCAUAAAAAAUGUUAUGUUGAAUUUAAUGGUUAUGGGAGUAGUUUUUAACCCUUUAACUCUUAGAUCAAAUUUGUAAUUCUCCUUACUGUCAACCUUGCAAUUCUUACAAUGCUAGUUCAGAGAAUUUAGUAUUUGAUCAACUAAUUAUCCCCAAAUUGAUAUUUUUCUUUAUUCUCAUCUCUUAUCUGGUUGAUAUUGUAUUGAUAUUGUAAGGAGAAAUUCUGUCUUGGUCACUCAUGGGAGUUAGAGGGUUAAGGGAGAUUUUGCGACAGUCAUACUUUUUAUUGUAAGUUUUUGUUACGUAUUCUUGAUUAGAUUGAGGUGAACGACAAAACAUAUCCCAGCUGGGAGAAAAACUGAAAAAAAAAGAAAAAUAUGUAGCAAGGGUUAAUUUUAUAAACAAAGUAUAUAAAGCGGUUUUGGAAAUAUCAAAGUCAAUACUUUUUUUUUUAGAAUUUAAAUUACCAAUUUUGUAAUUUUCGACUAUCAGGAAAACGAUGGGUCAUAUCCCUAAUAGAGAAUUACUUCGGUCAUGUAAAUAUUUCAGGGUGCCCUGUGGACAUAUUUAAUGAUGGAUAAAAUUAAGUGAUUCGUUAUGGAACAAUCUUUUAGAUUAUUAUUAUCUCCCACUUUCUGUGCUAAUUUAAAGAUAGGGAAUGUCUGAAAUGAUAUUCAAGCAAAGAUGGCAAGGUGAGCUUGUCAUGAAUUCAAACAAUUUUUGAAUUAUGCUUUUACGAGAAGUACUAAAGACAGUUGUAUUCAUUGAAUGUUAUGCCAUCUCAGCCGGGUCAAAGUUCAGAGGGGAAGAAUCUUAGCAUCUUUUGUUGACUAAGGUCAUGUGUCCCUUUAAAGGAGGGGUUGGCAGAAUGUUACAAUUAUGGUGCAUGUACUUUGGCUUGGACCAAUCAUUUCUAUGUUUCAAGUCUGUCUUCUGCUUGGCUGGAAACACGACUAAUGAAACUUUGGUGAAUUUCUCUCUUUCCAGAUAUUUUAGGCCGAAGUUAGAUUGCAUUUCCUUUGAAUGACAAUCAUAGCAAGAGGUCAUUUCUCUGAAUACAACUGUUUUAAAAUUUCAACGAAUACUUUUUUCGUUUUAAGCGCACAGAUGUAAAGUAAAGUUAUUUCAAAAAAUGUACCCGAUGUCAGACAACUUCGGAAAAUCUAGUUGCAGAUUCGAUCCAUUCGUCUUGCAGCCCAAUUCGCAAUCACAUCAUGAUCUUUCGAAGACUCCUCGGUAUCUUUCGCCAAUUUUUGGAAAUUUCCGAUCCGUAAAUUUCAUUAGUUACAAUUUGUACCGUCGUAGGACGAUUUAGUUCCUGACCGGUGGCCUUUUCGGUGCGUCGUGUCAUCCCAAGAUGCAGUGCGUUAUCCCAAGAUGCAGUGCGUCAUCUCAAGAAGCAGUUAAUAAUUUUCUCUUUUUGUUAGUAAACCUUCGACCGCUCAUAUUCGUAGUUCUUAGUUGAAGAAUUAUUUUUGGAGCUCUAUUUUGGUAAUUACGUCAAAAAAAAAUAUCUUUAGAAUCAUUAGAUGUCGUUUUCGCAUACGUAUCGGUGAGUUUCGAGAACCACAUGUAGGAAUCAACAAUCAUUCGUAUUUUAUAUAAGAACAAAGUUUAUUACCAGGAAGGAAGAAUUUAAACCAAAGAGGUAUUCAAAUGGACGUAAAUUGGUAGAGUGGGUGAUCCUUUAGUCAAUAGGCAUCAAGAGAAAAACAAUCAUUACCAAGUUGUAGUUACUGUUGAUUAGAUUAAUGUAAAUAAAGUUAAAAUUGCA